AUGAACGUCGGAAACCGUAACGACGGCGACGUUCUUAAACCCAAGGGCUGCUACCCGCGCGGAAUUGAGAUGAUGGUUCUUCUCUCGCCUGUGCUGGAUGAUGGUGAUGGCGACCCGGUUGUCGAGUGCCGGUACAGGGAGACGGUCGCAGAUACAAGUGCGGGCCGGCUUGCCGCACGACAGGCAAGUAGGUCGCUUCGCCGGCCCGGCCACAUUCACCAUAGAGAGAGAGAGUGCCGUUCUAGGAGUUUGGGAUUUUUUGGUGCUCGAUUUAGAAAAGGCUGGAGACGCGGAUUUAGGCCCAAUAGCAAUCAAAUUCGGCCAAGAAGCCCAGAGUAU